AUGAAUUGUCUUUCUAUUAACUUGAGAGGUGUUCGGAGCAAUCAGAAGUCUGAUUGGAUCCGUGGGCUGAAGACGAGUCAUGGGAUUCAUUUUCUUGCUAUCCAGGAAACAAAGUUGCAGGAUUCAGAGUCGUUUAUGUUCAGUAAGUUUUGGGGCAGAGCUGAAUUUAAAGUAGCAGUUGUUGACUCUCAUGGCAGAUCUGGUGGAUUAGCAAGCAUUUGGUGUCCAACAAUUUACAGGUGCGAUAAUAUUAUUCAGAAUAGGUAUUUUAUUAUUGUAUCGGGCAUCAUUGUUCCAUCUGGGUGCAAGGUUAAUUAUGUAAAUGUUUAUGAUCCGAAUGAUGCGAAUGGACGGCGGGCGCUCUGGCUGGAGUUAUUGGGUUUUAGAAAUUCGAUUCAAGGGCUAUGGGUCAUGAUGGGGGAUUUUAAUGAAGUGCGGGAAUCUGGCGAGAGAAUGAAUUCAGAAUUUGUGGAGGCUAAUGCCGAAGCAUUUAACAACUUUAUUCUUUCGGCUGGAUUAGCGGAAUACAAUAUGGGCGGGGGCAGCUUUACAUACAUUUCAGAUAAUGGUACAAAAAAUUGA